AUGGACUCUCAACCGUCAUCAAAAGCCCUUCAUAAUCGGAUCAACACCAAUAUCUCGCAAUUGCUCCAGCGAUUCGAGAACAUCAUGGCUACUGCUACUGUCCGCGCCGCGGAAGACAUUCUCUCGUUAACCCGCGCGAUGAAAGAAACAUGGCUCUUUGGCAAACUCGAUACCCUGGGCGAGGACGAGGCGGACGUGAGACGGCGAGAGGAACUGGAGCGGAAUGCGACUGCGAUUCAGAAGGCGAUUGAGGACGGAGGCUUAUUGAAGCCGGCGAAAUGA